AUGAGUCUGGAACCCACACAAACGGUCUCCGGUACGCCGCCGAUGCUGCAUCAAAGAACACACAAACAAGUAUACCCAUUGCGGAUGGAAACUAUCCCAAUAUUGGAAUCCGACUCCAAGGCUACUCUACAAAGCAACGAGCCCACCCAGAAAGAUGAGGAGGAGACCGAAUAUUUUGAGAAUAAACAAUCCGUGUCGAAUUUGAGCCCCGAUUUGAAAUUCAAACGACACAAGAAUAAACAUAUCCAGGGGUUCCCUACUCUGGGCGAAAGGCUGGAUAACCUGCAAGAUAUAAAAAAGGCCAAGAGAGUGGAGAAUUUCAAUUCUUCUGCGCCAAUUGCUGACGACAAUCAUAGUGGAGAUGCGACUGCAAAUGCGACUGCAAAUGCGACUGCAAAUGCGACUGCGAAUGUUAAUGCAAGUGCAAUGCCCGCUCCAUAUAUGCCUUAUUACUAUUACUACCAUCCGAUGAAUGCACCAACUCCUGCAAUGAUACCAUAUCCUGGAUCACCAAUGCAUUCGAUUAUGCCCAACUCCUCAUUACAGCCCUUUUAUUCGCAACCCACUGCUGCAGGCGGUCCCGAUAUGACUACUCCCCAAAAUAUAUCUUCAUCACAACAAUUGCUGCCAGCUCCGCAAUUGUUUCCGUACGGAUCAUUCCAUCAACAACAACUUCAGCAACCACACUACAUUCAACGAACAAGGGAAAGGAAAAAAUCAAUCGGAAGUCAGAGAGGUAGAAGAUUGUCUAUGUUAGCAUCUCAAGCUAAUGGGGGAAGCACUAUUAUAUCUCCGCACAAGGAUAUUCCUGAAGAGGAUUUUUACACCGUGGUUGGAAAUGCGUCUUUUGGUAAAAAUUUACAAAUACGACAGCUUUUCAACUGGUGUUUAAUGAGAUCUCUGCAUAAAUUGGAGUUGAAGGCUAAAAACCAAGAGGAAGAAGGGGAACUUGAACAUCUGACCAAAAAAUCCAAGCUCGAAUCAACAAAGGCAGAAACUGAUUAUGUGGAUCCCAAACGUCUGGCUAUGGUGAUAAUAAAAGAGUUUGUCGAUGAUCUUAAAAAAGAUCAUAUUGCGAUAGAUUGGGAAGAUGAGGAAAAAUAUGAGGAUGAAGAUGAGGAGAAGAUUCUGGAUAAUACUGAAAACUACGAUGACACGGAACUGCGACAACUGUUUCAGGAAAACGACGACGACGACGACGACGACGAUGAGGUGGACUACUCGGAAAUACAGAGGUCUAGACGUAAAUUUAGUGAAAGGAGAAAAGCCCUACCGAAAGAACCAAAAAAACUAUUACCUAAUAGCAAAAACGUGGAAAACACAAAGAAUCUUAGCAUUUUAACGAGCAAGGUGAACGCGAUCAAAAAUGAAGUGAAAGAAUGGGCAGUCACUUUAGACACUUCGAGACCAGAUCUUGAAUGGCAAGAAUUGACUUCAUUCUCAUCACAACCACUGGAACCGUUGUCGGAUACAGAAGAGCCAGACCUUGCGAUUGCAGAUGUUGAGACAAAGUUAGAAACAAAAGUCGAUGAGCUAAGGUACCAGUCGCAUAUAUUAAACUCGCACUCACUAGCCUUAAACGAAAUAACAAAUUCAAAAGUGAAUAAAUUGAACAUAGAAACAAUGAGAAAGAUCUCAAGCGAAACGGACGAUGACCACUCACAAGUGAUUAAUCCUCAACAGCUGUUGAAGGGAUUAAGUUUAUCUUUCAGUAAAAAACUGGAUUUAUGA